AUGCGAAGCAAUUCGAUAUUUCCGAGACAGCCGUUUUUCAAAGAUUGUGCCGACAAAGAACUGGAAAGUCCUCAGUUAGAAGAGGCUGUUGCUCUUUGGAUAUCUCGAGCUGCUGAAGCAUCGCAGGCGUUCAAUUUCGCAAUUGAUGUUAUCGGAGAACUUCAAGAUCUUAUUGGACGAUUGCCUCUUGAUCAACCAAUGGAUGCAGAAGAGUAUGUGGUAAUUGAUGACAAUGUAACUGCUCGUGAGAUACCAACAGACGAAGAAAUCGUUUCAAUCGUAAAGAAUUGUGAGUCAAAUGAAUCGGAGGAUGGAGAUUCGGAGACAGAGCCAGUAUCCUAUGCACAAGCUAUUACGGCAUCGUAUCUUUUUUUGAACAACAACCAGAUGGCAAUUUUACUGUUGAUAAUUCUUUCGUCCGAGGUUUAA